UUGGGACCACCUUCAUUACAGGCCGCCGGUGGUAUCAUGGCGACCCGGAACCCCCCUCCCCAAGAAUAUGAAAGUGAUGAUGAUUCUUACGAAGUGUUGGAUUUAACUGAGUAUGCAAGAAGACACCACUGGUGGAAUCGAGUGUUUGGCCACAGUUCCGGACCUAUGGUAGAAAAAUACUCAGUAGCCACCCAGAUUGUAAUGGGUGGAGUGAGUGGCUGGUGUGCAGGAUUUUUGUUUCAGAAAGUUGGAAAACUUGCAGCAACUGCAGUAGGUGGUGGCUUUCUUCUCCUUCAGAUUGCCAGUCACAGUGGCUAUGUGCAGAUUGACUGGAAGAGAGUUGAAAAAGAUGUAAACAAAGCAAAAAGACAGAUUAAGAUUCGAGCAAAUAAGGCAGCACCUGAAAUCAACAAUAUAAUAGAAGAAGCAACAGAAUUUGUCAAGCAGAACAUUGUGAUAUCCAGUGGAUUUGUGGGAGACUUUUUGCUAGGCCUUGCGUCUUAAGGAUGUGAAUGUUCUAUCACGGUGGAGUCACCUCUGAGGAGAGAAAUGGUGGUGACAAGAUGGUCUCAACAUUACCCACUGACAGAUU